AUUGUUGAAUCGCGACAACAUACGACACCGACAACGGCCACAUAUUCACAGUAAGUUUGCAUCUCUUGCUGGAUGUAUAGAUCGCCUGCUAAUGUCUAGAAGAUGGGUAAGCUACAGAUUUCCUUCUUUCUCCUCUCAGGAUCUCAGGACCUGAAUUGCAACAUCAAAUCUCGACCCGGAAAAUUUUAUACAGCGACUGAGAACGAGGACGGGAGCCACGGGGUAGGAUGGGUCGAUGCGGGAGGUCUCGAAGAGCUGCUGUGAAAGGAAACGAUAUCGAUUGAUGAGCCGCCAUCAGAGGAGGGAGAAAAAGUGCCAUUUCGAUGGAACCCCACCACGUUCCUUCCAGCGCUCAAGUUCCCAUCAAUCUGGAUCAUUGAGAUGGGUAUCUUAGUUGCAGAGCAGUGAAUUGACCGACCUGGCUCGACCUCGUCCGCUAAAACCGACCGACCGACGAGAUAAAAGAUGUCUGCGAUCGAGAUAGCAGAUCCUAGGAUUGUAACAGGGUCGAAGGAUGAAGACUAACAAUCAACAGGUCGUCUCACAGAAUACCAGGUCAUUGGCCGCCAUCUGCCAACGGACGCAAACCCAGCGCCUAAGCUGUACCGCAUGAGAAUCUUUGCGCCAAACACCGUGGUCGCCAAGUCUCGUUUCUGGUACUUCUUGAUGAAGUUGCGAAAGGUCAAAAAGGCAAACGGAGAGAUUGUCAGCUUGAACGUGGUGGGUAGAAUUGAUUUUUUCGCGAUAGACAAAUUUCUAAUGGCAAAUUUUUAGAUCCACGAGAAGCGCCCAUUGAAGGUCAAGAACUUCGGUAUCUGGAUCCGAUACGAUUCUCGCUCAGGUACCCACAACAUGUACAAAGAGUACCGUGAGAUGUCAAGAACCGAUGCAGUUGAGGCUCUCUACCUAGAUAUGGCAGCCAGACAUCGAUCCCGAUUCAGAUCCGUUCACGUACGUUUUUUCGCCAUCCAGACUCACCAAUGCACGCACUAACACUUUCAAAACAGAUCCUUAAGGUCGUCGAGCUCGAGAAGACAGAAGACGUCAAGCGCCCAUACAUCAAGCAACUCCUCACCAAGAACCUCAAAUUCCCUCUUCCUCACCGUGUUUCCAAGGCUGCCGGCACCAAGAUCUUCGUCGGAAAGCGACCAUCAACCUUUUACUGAGCGUUUUGGGGGAUAUUCCACGUUGGGUUCGGGGCGAAAUCAAAUGGGUUUGCGUGCAUAAGGGUUGUUCAUUAGCCUUUGCUCAUCAAUGAGCUGGUCAGCAAGCAUAAAUGCAUAAAGCAAAACAUCGGAAAUGACGAUAUUGAACAUGACCAGAUAUUGAAGCAAUUGGUGAUGAUAGUGUGAUCAAUGUGACUUGAGCCAAGGAAUAGAGAAAGAUUUCACGACCCAAAUACAUGCUAUUUGAGUGAUUUCUAGAUAUUUAUGCUGUUGUGGCCA